ACGUAAGGGCCUCGUCAGAGAGCGACGCUGGCUCUCUUUGUUGGCUUAGUAGCAGCCGCCGCGACGUUUUGUUGUUAUUUUUCGGCUGAGGUGGAAAAUUAGGGUCGGGACGAAUUCGUGAGAUUAUACAGAACACCGUUUCACACGGAUAAGGUCCUCAGGCUCAGUGCUUGUCACCCCGUUGAUAACCACUCCUAGGAAUGGACUCGGACGAGGGCUAUAACUAUGAGUUCGACGACGAGGAGGAGGAAUGCAGCGAGGACAGCGUGGAAGAGGAGCCCGAGGACGACACCCUGGAGCUCGGCGAGGUGGAGCUGGUCGACCCCGUGGUUGCGGGCGGGGAGCGGGACGACUGCGGCGGCGACACCGGGGGCAGUGGACACGGCCCCGGGCAGGAGGAAGAAGACUACCGUUUUGAAGUGCUGACCGCGGAGCAGAUCCUCCAGCAUAUGGUGGAGUGUAUACGGGAGGUCAACGAGGUCAUCCAGAAUCCAGCAACAAUUACCCGUAUUCUUCUCAGUCACUUCAACUGGGACAAAGAGAAGCUCAUGGAAAGAUAUUUUGAUGGUAACCUGGACAAGCUGUUCUCAGAGUGUCAUGUGAUCAACCCUAGUAAGAAGUCUCGGACCCGUCCAUCCAUCAACACGAGAUCAUCUGCACAGGACAUGCCAUGUCAGAUUUGCUAUCUCAACUACCCCAACUCGUACUUCACUGGCCUGGAGUGUGGACACAAGUUUUGCAUGCAGUGCUGGGGAGAUUACCUGACCACCAAAAUCAUAGAGGAAGGGAUGGGCCAGACAAUUUCUUGUCCCGCUCAUAGUUGUGACAUUUUGGUUGAUGACAACACAGUUAUGCGCCUCAUAACAGAUUCAAAAGUGAAGUUGAAGUACCAGCAUUUAAUUACAAAUAGUUUUGUAGAGUGUAAUAGACUGUUAAAGUGGUGCCCUGCGCCAGACUGCCAUCACGUCGUCAAAGUGCAGUACCCCGACGCCAAGCCUGUGAGGUGCAAGUGCGGCCGGCAGUUCUGCUUCAACUGUGGAGAGAACUGGCAUGAUCCUGUAAAGUGCAAGUGGUUGCGGAAGUGGAUUAAGAAAUGUGAUGAUGACAGUGAGACAUCAAAUUGGAUUGCCGCAAAUACCAAGGAGUGUCCGAAAUGCCAUGUGACUAUUGAGAAAGAUGGAGGCUGCAAUCACAUGGUUUGUCGGAACCAGAACUGCAAAGCUGAGUUCUGCUGGGUAUGUCUAGGCCCAUGGGAACCUCAUGGCUCUGCCUGGUACAACUGCAACCGCUACAACGAGGAUGACGCCAAGGCAGCCCGCGACGCACAGGAGGUUCGUUCCAGGGCGGCCUUGCAGAGGUACCUUUUCUACUGCAACCGCUACAUGAACCACAUGCAGAGCCUGCGCUUCGAGCACAAGCUGUACGCGCAGGUCAAGCAGAAGAUGGAGGAGAUGCAGCAGCACAACAUGUCGUGGAUCGAGGUGCAGUUCCUGAAGAAGGCUGUGGACGUGCUGUGCCAGUGCCGCUCCACGCUCAUGUUCACCUACGUCUUUGCCUUCUACCUCAAGAAGAACAACCAGUCCAUCAUUUUUGAGAACAACCAGGCUGAUCUGGAAAAUGCUACCGAGGUGCUUUCUGGCUACUUGGAGCGAGACAUUUCACAGGAUUCCUUGCAGGACAUCAAGCAGAAAGUGCAAGAUAAGUACAGAUACUGUGAGAGCAGACGAAGAGUCCUACUACAACACGUGCAUGAAGGCUACGAGAAGGACCUGUGGGAGUACAUUGAGGAUUGAGG